UCGGUUUUUUUCUCGCAAAAAAUUUGAAAGUCCAGCUUUCAAAAUUUGAAAGUUUAAAGGUUGCUGAGUGCAAAAAUCGACCUAUGCCGGUCAAAUAAAUUAGUUAGCAAUAUAUAUUGUUACUGCAUCAUGUCUGCAAAUCAUUUAUAUGCCGAUCAAUUCAAGAGAAACGACGAUGUGUUCAGAAACGCGAUGGAAGCUAUUUUUCAGAAGUAUUCUAGUCUAAAUGAUCCUGGGAUAGACGUCUGCCUGAAAACAAUGACCUGCAAGACUGGUAGAGGUCCUGUGCCCAUUGACAGUGUAGAGGGAGAACGUGAGUUGGAAGCAUUAAAGACUCGAGUUAAAGCUGACUAUUCAACAAUGAGGGAGUUUGAGGACCAGGAAAAUUAUCAGUUUCAGAUGGAUGUGUCAGGGGUCACAGAGGAUGAUCUUAAUGGCUCGGGUCAAAAGGAAAACACGGAAAAUCUGUGGCACGGAGGUGAAUCAGUCCUCCAGUCCAUGAUUCUGAAUAACACACCUCCUGAAUCUGUGUGGGCUGAGCUGUCUCCACCUGAAGAAGAGGAUGAAGAACUGGAGAAAACACUGAGUAGCCAUGGCAGUACCCUCCUGGAUGUCUAUCCCAGCAUGCUCAACCAGAUCGGUGAAGCAUACCGGCGACAGCAUGUGACUGACACAGCGAGGGCCGUGGUGCAGAAGUACCGCCGCAAACACUGGCAAGCCAGCCCGAGGCAUCGCAACACAUCCUUUAACAACAGACACAAUUACACUCUAAACAAAACAGCAGAGAUCUCCUUUACCAGUCAAAGUCCAGUUCAAAGAAACAUUAGCCACUGUUUCAAGAGCAGUGACCAACUUGAACAUUUGCUAAAGAACAAACCAAGGUCUACUCCGCUCAAAAAUGUAUCCUGCGAGGCCAGUGCCUGUUUUUACUCACCCAGGAGGAACUGUGCGGAUGUGAGCGGUGUGACGGAUGAGUGUCCAUGGACUUUAAGCAGUAAACCUGCGCGUGUGAUUGACUUGUCCACACCUCCACAUUCAGAAUCCCUCUCAUUUAGUGACCAAUCUCCAGAUCUGGACCAAACAUAUGAUGUUGGGCCAACAUCUCAUGCUGUUCCAGCCUCAUCGGUCCUUAGCUCUCCUCGACAUAGCAGAGCAGAUCUGUCUCUAAUUGACCAGAGAGGAAUAUCGGUCACCUCCCGACCUUUCUCAUUGGACAAAGACUGUUUAAGGGACCGCAUAACCUCUCCUGUCUAUUCCCCGCAGCGCAGUCUCAUUGGUGUUUUGUCUCCUAGUGGGAAAAGUGGUUCCAGACCUAGUAUGCUGAGCAAAGAAAGGCAAUUGAAUACAACAGCAAGUCUGAAGCGAAGGUCUCCUGUCCACCAUCUAUCCCAUUCUGUGGUCCUCCGAUCUCCUUAUGGUGUCAAACCGGUUCCGUUGUCCUCACCUAUUUAUGACCGAAGCUUAUCCAAAGUGGAGAAACCAUCCCAUUUUACUCUCUCCAACCGCCAACGCUCUCUUUCUGGCCCCCAGUCCACGUGCUCAUUCAGCGAACCGCAGAUUGAUGCAGAGUUCAGAAGGCUGUAUCACCACUUCAUCUGUCGUGGCACAUCAUCACCGUGUCCUUCCUCCCAGUGUCACCUGUGUGAGAAACGCAUAAAGGAGACGACCCGAAGCCCCAGCUUUUCCUCCUCCAGCAUGUCCGCUCUCGCUCUGACACCCCUGAGGGCCAAGCUCAAGAAACGCCGGCGUCAGCCUGAAGUGGAAGAGUCACUCCGAUUCAAACGUUUCCGAGAGAGUCGUUCUCCACUGAAGCAUCUCCAGCUGAGAGACCAAUAUAUGAGCCCUGGCUUGUCAGAACCUACUGAAGACAAACACACCUGGGAUAGAGCCGUCCUGCUGCAGUGCCCUAGUCCACGGUUCCUCAGGGGCACCGGAAACCUCAGGAGAAUCAGGGAGGCUAAAUUAAGCAUGCAAAUGAACCCACGUGCUUUGCCUUGGAGAGAUGCCCCAAGUGGAGUCAAUCCAGUGGAGGCUGUGUCACCCAUGAGACUCUUUAAUCAGGGUACCUCUCCACUCUCUCCUAGUCUCUCCAGGAGGCGGCUGCAGUACAGUUUUGUGCCAUGAGCUUUCCUGAAUGCAUCCCACACCCUGCCUGUUAACCUUUGUGGGACAAACUGUGUGUGUGUGUGUGUGUGUGUGUAUAUAUAUAUAUAUAUAUAUACAAUGACUAUAUAAAGUUUACCCUAGUGAAAAAACAUGGGAUGACAUGUGUAGACACAAUGCUUAAAAAUCAGUAGUCCUGUUUACUUUUUGA